AUGAGCACACAUAGUUCACAUCAACGAACCCAAAAAGGAAAUAACCCAUUUAAAGGUAUGGAGUGCGGAAAGAGCUUCUGUUUCAAUGCAAAACUUAGAACACACCUGCGGACUCACACAGAGAGAAAACGUUUUAAGUGCAGGGAGUGUGGGAAGAACUUCAGUCAGAGUGGAAACCUUAAAAUGCACAAACGGACUCGCACCGGGGAGAAACCAUUUAAAUGUAUCGAGUGUGGAAAGAGUUUUAGUAAUAAUGGAAAUCUUAGAACACAUGAACGGACUCACACCGGGGAGAAACCAUUUAAAUGUAUCGAGUGUGGAAAGAGCUUUAGUGAUAAUGGAAGCCUUAGGAACCAUCAACGGACUCACACAGGGGAGAAACCAUUUAAAUGUAUUGAGUGUGGAAAGAGCUUUAGUGAUAAUGGAAGCCUUAGGAAACAUCAACGGACUCACACAGGGGAGAAACCAUUUAAAUGCAUGGAGUGUGGAAAGGACUUCAGUCAGAGUGGAAACCUUAGGAACCAUCAACGGACUCACACAGGGGAGAAACCAUAUAAAUGUAAGGAGUGUGGAAAGAGCUUUAGUGUUAGUGGAAGCCUUAGACAACACCAACGGACUCACACAGGGGAUAAACCAUAUAAAUGUAUCGAAUGUGGAAACAGCUUUAGUAAUAAUGGAAGCCUUAGACAACAUCAACGGACUCACACGGGGGAGAAACCAUAUAAAUGUAUUGAGUGUGGAAACAGCUUUAGUAAUAGUGGAAGCCUUAGACAACAUCAACGGACUCACACGGGGGAGAAACCAUUUAAAUGCAUGGAGUGUGGAAAGAGCUUCAAUCAGAGUGGAAACCUUAGAAAUCAUCAACGGACUCACACAGGGGAGAAACCAUAUAAGUGUAUCGUGUGUGGAAAGAGCUUUAGGGACAGAGGAUAUCUUAGAACACAUCAACGGACUCACACAGGGGAGAAACCAUUUAAAUGUAUCGAGUGUGGAAAGAGCUUUAGUGAUAGUGGAAGCCUUAGACUACAUCAACGGGCUCACAAAGGGGAGAAACCAUUUAAAUGUAUUGAGUGUGGAAAGAGCUUUAGUAAGAAUGUAAGCCUUAGACUACAUCAACGGACUCACACAGGGGAGAAACCAUAUAAAUGUAUAGAGUGUGGAAAGAGCUUUAGUAGCAGAGGAUAUCUUAGAACACAUCAACGGACUCACACAGGGGAGAAACCAUUUAAAUGCAUGGAGUGUGGAAAGAGCUUCAAUCAGAGUGGAGACCUUAGAAACCAUCAACGGACUCACACAGGGGAGAAACCAUUUAAAUGUAUCGAGUGUGGAAACAGCUUUAGUAAUAGUGGAAGCCUUAGACAACAUCUACGGACUCACACCGGGGAGAAACCAUUUAAAUGUAUGGAGUGUGGCAAGGACUUCAGUCAGAAUGGAAAUCUUAGAAAACAUCAGCAGACACACAGGGGAGAAACCAUGUAA